AUGGAGAAUGGUCAACCAAUGUUGGAUGGGAGAGUGGGAAACAUACUAAUCGCCAUGGGUUCAGCGAGUUUCGUCAUCACAAUAUUCCAUCUUAUCAUCCUCUGCCGCACCCAUCAUCGCGUUCCUCGCACCAACCAAAAUCCACAACAACAGCAACAGCCACGCAACGUUAACAUUUCGGUGCUGCCACAUCUCAUUCCGAUCCACACGUACCAAAAGAAGAAGAAGAUAAACGAUGAUGGGGUGGCAGCGGAGGGCGACGACGACGAAGAUGCCACGUGCGCCGUGUGCUUGGGGGAGUUCGAAGAGGGUGAAGAGUUGAGGACGUUGCCGGAGUGCAUGCACUCUUUCCACGUGACCUGCAUUGAUACGUGGCUCUCUUCCCACCCCAGUUGCCCGGUUUGCCGUGCGCAUGCCACACCAUCGCCGGCAGUGGAGCACCCUUCGCCGGAGCUUGGUUCUGCGCUUAUUGCUCAUCACAGCAUAGAUAUCACGCAGCUAGCCCGCCUUCAAAAUGGCUCAGUCCCACGCUGA